ACCAAUCAGCUGCACCAGUAUCUUUGGCCGUUGAACUGGAGUUCCUGGUCGGGGGAGAGUGCGGGAAUAUUCGAGUGACCAGCUCAUCAGGAAUAACUUUAAGAAAACGAGUUAUAUUUCCGUUCGUGUUCCUGUAAGACUGAGCUUCAUCAUGGCCCCAAAGGCUGCGCCGAAGCGAAAAGCUCCAGCGAAGAGAGCCCUGGCGGAAUCCUUUCCUGCGGGGGAGAUCUUGACUGACACAGUGAAGAAAUCCUGGAUGCUUGGUACUCCCAUAGGUCAAGGCGGCUUUGGCAUGCUGUACUUGGCUGGUGAAGGUGAUGGCAAAGCUGUUGGAGCGGAUGCUGGUUACGUUAUCAAAGUGGAACCUAGUGAAAAUGGGCCACUCUUCUCGGAGCUGAAGUUCUACAUGCGUGCUGCCAAGCCUGAUCUAAUUCAGGGGUGGAUGAAGGCUCACAAGCUGAAGUACUUAGGAGUGCCCAGAUACUGGGGAUCAGGCCUUCACCAGAAGGGAACGAAGAGGUAUCGGUUCAUGGUUAUGGAUCGCUUUGGAAUGGAUCUUCAGAAAAUCUUUGAAGAGAGAGGCAAGAAGUUCCCAAGGAAGCUGGUUCUGCAGCUUGGACUGAGGCUUAUUGAUAUUCUUGAAUACAUUCAUGAACAUGAGUAUGUGCACGCCGACAUCAAAGCGUCCAAUCUACUUGUUUCCCACAAGAACCCCAACCAGGUUUACUUGGUGGACUACGGGCUGGCCUACAGAUACUCUCCGGAAGGCGUCCCAAAGGAGUACAAGGCAGAUCCAAAAAGGUGUCAUGAUGGGACCAUUGAAUUCACCAGCAUUGAUGCACACAAUGGAGCGUCCCCCUCCCGGAGAGGUGACCUGGAGAUCCUGGCAUACUGCAUGGUGCAGUGGCUCAGUGGACGCCUCCCUUGGGAAGACAAUCUUAAGGACCCCCUCUACGUCCAGAAUUCCAAAAUGAAGUACAGAGACAACAUCAGAGAGCUGAUGUCAAAGUGCUUCCCCUCUGACGGCGUGCCAGAUGAGAUGGUGAAGUUCAUGGAGGAGGUGAAGUCUCUCGGCUACACAGACAAACCAAACUAUCAAAAGUUCCGUAGCAUCUUGCAGGGAGGGCUAAAGUCCAUUGGGGCUUCUGAUGACGACAAGCUGGACUUCGCUUCAGUGGACGUCAAACCCAGCCGGACUUCUGUCAAGAAAGCACCGACGAAAAGGAAAAGGGCAGAGGAAAAGGUGGAGCCUGAGCCUGAAACUGAAACUGAACCAGAUAUAAUCCCCACCAAGAAGGCGGCCCCCAUAAAGAGGAAAACAGAGGUCAACGGCGUGAAGAAGGCCACCCCGAAGAAGAAACUGGUGGAGAUGGGCACCCAGACGUCCCCCAGCCCGGCGAACGUGAAGAGGGGCCGAGGCAGACCCAAGAAGACUGCCUGAGCUGAGCUGGGCUUGGCUGUCAGCCCUAAGCACUGGAGAGCCUUAGGCCUGCUUUCUUUCCCCUAGCGAUCUCUUCAUCCACAUUGUUUUGGGACUGAUGUGCUGUUGCUAUAGGUUCUUACCCCUACCCACAUUCCUCUGUCUUUAUUGACAUUUUUAUUUGGUUGCUUCACGCUGGUUUUAAGGUCCCCGCGAUGAGCGGGUGCUUACACCGUGUCUCCCCCCACCCCUAUGUGUUCUGUGUUCCCCUCUCAUUCCUCUGCCCCGUGUGCCUUUACUUUCUCAUGUGGGAGGGACUGGGUUUUGUGCAGCAUAAUAUGUGCAGUGCUGGAUUUGUUGCUAAACGUAGCACUUCCUUGCCAGUCACAUGAGCAAUUAGUUUAACCCUUCAUAUACUUCAUGGAGCUAUAACACCAAAAUUAUUUGAAUAUGUUCAGACUUUAGCUUUGCUGCUGAUUUUAACAGGUGGUUUGUGUUCUGGUUUGUUCUCUUUAUUGCGGGAAUCAGGGCUUACUAACUACUGACUGUUAGUGGCUUCUUGUCACAGUUUGACGCCUACAUUAGAUGGCACACGCUGCCUGCCAUGAGUCCUUGUUCGGGAAUGAGGGCUGUGGUCUCCUGGCUGUGGUGUGUAUAGCACAGCCAGACAGUCCCAUUGCUAUGGUUUCCAAAUCCAGCCUCAAAAAAGGUGUUUUCUGAUUCGAUGGUGAAUCAGGCGAUAACAGAAACAAAGUUUCCCCCCCAUUUGAAGCACUAAAGUGGUGAAGUCUGAGUACUAGUACUCUUUGUUUUGGUUGAUAGGUGUGGUGCGUUUAUUGAAGUUGUGUAUUUCAUUUGAAUGUUUCUUUUGGAAUAAAAAUAGCGUUCUUUUUAAUACCUGCUUUGCUUUAUGAUCACCAGAUCUGGCAUAGAAUGUGAAUUUUUCUUACAUUCAAUAAGAAACUUGCUGGUGCUCUGGUGUAAACAUUUCUUAUCAAUGUAUUUCAGUAUCUAUGUCCAUUGUGGUGUGAUUCACAUGACAGGUCUCCUGACAAGGGGGUGUGUGUGUGUGUGUGUGUGUGUGAGUGGGUGGGGGUGUGUGGCGGGGGGGACAGGAGAAUCCAGGCCUAAUUUAUCUUGGUGGCAAUGCAACAUUCUUUCUUCACUGAUCUCUGGCAUGGCUAUGUGAUUACAUUCUAAUGUAGUUUAAAUAAGAAUUUAAAAAGUAAUGUCCAGCAUUUAUUUCUUAUUAUAAAACUUGCUAGGUAUAAUAAACUAAUUUUAGUUGAAUUUCAACUGAUUUGUUCCUUGCAUAAAAAAAGCUUUCUUUUCACUUAACUGCUACAAAUACCUAGGUUUUGUGUGCCUUGUUUUAAACAUGGAGCUUCGCUAAUAAAAGUUCACAAAAUGCAUGCAAAGUUAA